AUGUUUCAAAGUGAUGCAUUAUGCGGUGAUAGUGCAAAUGAAUUUUAUGAAAUUGGUCAAGUACGUAAUCAAGUUUUUGCUGUUUCGUCCGUUCUUAUAGCUGGACGAACACGUCGAGUAAAUAAAAUAAUGACAUAUAAACUAUCGUGGAUGAAAAAGAAUUAUUAUGAUCCCAUGAUGCGUUUGGCAAAUCGAUUUAAUCCACCGUCUCGAGUAACCGUAACAUAUCGAGAUUCAGAUUGUAUUAUUGCAUAA